UCGAUCGUUAUCCGCCCAGGAGAUGUAGUCAGUAAGAUAUCGCGGGAAGUGAGGCCACAAGAUGAUAAAGCGCCAUUUGCCCAUGAACAGAAUGGACCUGGAACCUUACGUGAUGUUCGGGAGGACCGAUUUUACCGUGGCGGGACAUUGACAGUAACACAUCAAAGUGAUAAUAAUUACCCCCCGAACCCUAUCAUUUAUGACCCCUAUCCGGAAUACAACGGCGGCGAGUGGCGCAAAGAAUUUGUAGGAAGCUUUCGCGCGUGCGAAGGUCCGCGAGGAAAGACUCUCAGCCGCACGAGUGCCCAAGAUAUGAUAUCUGUUUAUCCAGGUAUCCAAAAAGAUUUCCCUUCAGCCUUGCUCGGGUCGUAUCUGGCAACGGGGGUCGACGGAUAUGUCUGUACCGAUCGCUCUUCUCGAUUGGGUGCGUACGGGUACGGGAAUAAUGCCAGAGUCGAUUGGAAUAAGACCAACUGGGGGUCACUUCAGUCACAGUGCUUUGAAAAGAACGUCGGAAGAUAUGCGCCAAGCGAGAUCGAUUCGCGCCCAGCCAAGCUCACCCUGCCAGUGCGCUCUCGUUUUUCUGCACGCAACCCCUAUCGCGAUCGACCAGCCUCUUCGCCAGAUAGCUUGAGAUACAAAACAAGAUCCGCCAUUCUCCUUCGUGCGUGGCAUGACAUGGAAUGGACUGAGGAUCUUAAACAAAAUGUUCGGUCUCUUGUCAUGGAGCUAUCGUUACACUCUGGUGCCGAGUAUGAGGUCUUCAUCUUGUGUUAUGUCCAGGAUGAGAGCAUCCCCAUAUAUACACACGAUGCCAAGGUCAUGGAGAAGGUCAAAUCUCGAUGUGUCCCACGCAAAUUUCUGGACAUGGUCGUUCUUUUCAAUGACGCGACGUUGGACUCGUGGUAUCCUAAGAUCGAGGAACAUCGGCCGAAGUAUCAGUACUGGCAACCGGUUCAAGUCUUUUCCCAGGUGUUUCAGGAUUUUGACUAUUACUGGCAACUGGAAAUGGAUUCUAGAUUCACUGGUCAUUCCUACCAUUUUCUCGAAAAGUCCGCCGAGUUUGCAAAAGCACAGCCACGGAAGUAUCUUUGGGAGCGCAACGCCUACUUUUAUAUUCCAGGGACACAUGGAAUUUGGAAGAAUUUCAUCAAGAAGGUUGAGUCCGCAAUGGAGGGCCGGAAGAGUAUUUGGGGGCCCAAAAGCUUCCCUCGGAUAACCCCAGUAGGCCCUAAGCCUCCUGUUGCUUUCCCAGAAGAUGAUAAGUAUGAAUGGGGUGUUGGCGAAGAGGCCGAUCUUAUCACCUUUCUACCGAUAUUCGACCCUGUUGAUACGAAGUGGCUAUUCAAAGAUAUGCUUUGGGAAAUUCCUAGAGCUGCUCCACGGCGAGCAUCACCUUUGGCCAUGGGGCGCAUAUCAAGGAGGUUACUACAUCAGAUGCAUGUUGUGCAAAUCCAACGCGGAAUGGGCCUUGUUUCUGAGAUGACAGCUCCCUCGCUUGCUCUCUGGCAUGGGCUCAAAGCAGUCCACGUGCCCCAUCCUCUCUAUGUCGACGGUAAAUGGACAUCGAAGGAGCUUGGACGAAUUUUGAAUACAGGUGAACCUGAUAAUAUCAAUGGCGGAACUGAUAGUAUCUGGAACUGGGAUCACCGAUUGGAUCACAUACUGUAUCGUAUAUCGUACAUGUUUACAACACAAACUGCGGGAGAUCUGUAUCGGAGAUGGCUGGGCUACCCCAUCAAUCCGAAUCAGUAUACCGAUGGCAACUUCCACCAAGAUGAUCAGGGCCGAAAUUGGUUUGAAAUUGGUGACUUGCGAGAGGACUUAUACGGACCACUCUGCUUUCCAUCUAUGUUACUUCUGUUCAAAGAGUACAAAUAA